UAUGCAUUUCUUAAUCGCCGUCGGUUUUUCGGUGAUAGUCGGCGUGGUCUCCGUGUCUUUGCCGUCCACGCAUGAUACGGAGAGUAAAGAUGGCUAUGAGGGAUGGAGCUCAUCCGAUGCGAUGGAUCAGUUACAGACGGCACUCAGCAAGCAAAAAGAGGUGUAUAUGCAGCUACAAGAAACAGUUAAGAAAUUGCAGGAAGAAGUAAGUGUUCUUAAGAGUAAAGAUAGCGACACAAUCAUUGAGAAGAUAUUUGGGAAAGAAACUAAAGCCGAUGAUUUGGUCAGGCAUUACAGAAAAAGGCGUGACGUAGGAGAUACAUAUUCUACAGCGAGCCCUCUGUUGGAAGAUGAAGUAACGGAACUCCAGAGUCAGUUAUCUGAAACGAAUACACCUACAUUGGGGGCGUUCAUCGACCUGCUUAUGACGCAAGGACAAUCCCAUUCGACGGCAGGGGUAGUGUCCAAUGGACAAUGUCUUCAAGGCCCUCCUGGUCCACCUGGUCGUGAUGGACGUGAUGGUAGAGAUGGAAGAGAUGGUACCAGCAGCGGGAUACCUUUGGGUGAAUUAUCAUCUGAAUCAGAACUUUUGCGUGGUCCACCUGGUCCACCUGGAAAAUCUGGCCCGGUUGGACCGCCAGGUCCUCCUGGUCCCGCAGGGAUGUCCGAACAUUAUGACUACGACCAGUCACCGGUGAACAACCGUGAUAUAUCUCAAUCACAGCCUCAACAACGAUUACUCGUACAGGCACCACAGACACCACAACAACCGCCACAGCAGAAUGACCCCCCACAAACAGUCGACAAUAAUGAUUCCGGGGGUACUGUCUACGUCCGAUGGGGUGCCAGUGAGUGUAACUCGUCUGCGGAGUUGGUGUACACAGGUGUCAUUGGCGGCGGGCAUUAUUCACACAAGGGUAGUGGGAGUAAUCAUCUGUGUAUGCCCGAAGAACCCAUUUAUGAUGAACCCGUUGACGGGGUGCAAAGUACUAGCGCACGACUGUAUGGGGGAGAGUACCAAACUAAUCAAUAUGGGCCAAUGUCUUCACUUAUGGACCAUGAUCCUCCUUGUGCCGUCUGUCUUGUAAGACAACGCACCACGGUGUAUAUGGUUCCUGCUCGCAAUGUGUGUCCGGACAACUGGACUAGGGAGUACUUCGGCUAUCUCAUGGCGGCGCACUAUGCUCACGAAGGGAGAACAGAAUUCAUAUGCGUGGAUCGCAACGCUGAAAAACUGCCAGGCACCCAUACCAGUCAAGACGGCAUCCUUUUAUAUCCGACGGAAACAAUGUGUACAACCAGCGGCGGAUUGCCUUGUUCACCAUACGUUCAAGGCUACGAACUCACCUGUGCUGUCUGCACGAUCUAAUUCCUGGGCGGUUUAUUAAAUUGAAGUGUUAAA